AUGCCCAACAAGACGAGACCAUCGGCAUAUCAGCCGCCCUUACCAUUCCACGCCAUUCGAGCCUUCACGGCGCUUUCCGUUCUCAUUGUUGGCAGCAUACUCGCCAGCUUUUGCGUACAACUCACACAGGAUAGUUUCAAACUGCCAUGGACGUUCCUAGUGAUGCUCAUGGCGGACGUGCUUAUGCUGCUCUCCCUCGCCAUCGGGACCAUCCUCUACUUCUGCGUUCACCUCUCGCCUCUCCUCAACAUCCUCUUUAACGUUCCCAUCCUCCUCCUUUGGACGGCCGGCAUGGCCCUGCUCAUCUGGAAUAUGUACGGCACAUUGGGACACACCUGCAGCAUUGCGAAUUGGGGUAACGAGGACGGCAUCACCGUGUGUAAUCAGUACAAGGCACUGUUCGCAUUCGUGGUGAUCGGAUGGCUGUGCCAGAUUGCACUGAUCGUAUUGGAUGUGCGGGCGAGACGGAACCAGAGUGCGCUUGGGAGAUACAAUAAGAUGCGCGACAGUAAUGAUCUGAAGAUGGACCCGAUGCACAGCCGGGAUUCAAGUGUGCACAAUCUGCCGCUUGGUGCGGGAAUGGACGCGGCUUCGCAACGAUUGCAGCAGCAGGAUUCGAGACAGGAGCAGCAACGACCGCUUAUGCAGAGAGCUUUGACGAGGGCAUCGAGUUUCUACAGCACAGCGCCGAGCCAGGCACCCACAUAUUCGACGCAGCCACCGACAUACCAGUCACAACCAAAGCCGGUGCAGAGGCAGAACACGGGUGGCUACCAAGAGGCGUCGAAUCCCUAUCCCACGACGGGCUACCAAGCAUACAAUCCAAAUGCUUUGAAUGUUUCGAACGCAAGGUUUGAUCCGGGGUACAGCACGAGCCACAGUGUGACGAUGAAUGACUUUGGGUAUGGCGAGAGGGUGCAACACUCGACGGGAUAUAACAACUACUACGGACGAUAG